CGUUUAAAUAUGUCAUACUGUCAGUUUGUAUUUAUGAUUUUGAAUUUGUUAAAAAGUUGUGGUUGUGUUAAUUUAUAGUGGCUGGAUUAAUAUUUAAAAAUGGAAAUUUCUGUUACUGAAAAUGAUGUUCAGCAAGCAGUUAGAUCGCCGCCCAGAAGGAGGCGUUCAACAUUCUUCGAGAGGCGCGAUUCUUUUGUACCUCAAACGUGUACAGAUUCUGUUGACCAGAAUGUUUGUAAAAAGAUAAAUGAAUUUGAUGACAAACACCAACAGGAACUGUUAAGGUAUCACAAUAGUCUAUUGGCUGAGAAAGAACAGUGGAAGACAGAAGUUAAUAACAGACGCAACAAAUAUCAUGACUUACGACAACAGUUUCAAAUGGCAACGAAAGCACCGAGCAGAUCUAGAAUUUCAUAUGCAACAUUAUCAAAUGAAGAUAUUGAAUUUUUGAAAGCUAAAGUAAACAUAUCAAAAAUAGUUGACACCCAGUUGCAUUUACACAAAUGUGUAAACGAGACUAAAGAACUGUAUCGAAAAGCAAUGGAUCUUGACAAUCAUCUCUUGAGCUACUGUGAAGAGAAAGUUAAAGAAAUCACAGAUUACAUACUAGAAAACAGCACAAUUGAACCUAUAGAAUGACAUGAUGAUGAAUAUGUUUAAUUAACUUUAUUGAAAUAAAUAUAAUAUCAGUGCAACCAAUAAUUAAUUACAAUAAGUAGUAAAUAGUUGUAUAUAAAGCUAUUACUAUAUUUCUCAAAUAAGGCUAAAGAUCCACAAGUAUGUCUGAAAUGUAAAUUAUUAUAUUAUAUUCAUGUUGGGACUUUUACAAUUUACACAUUUGGCUAACUUAUAAGUAAGUUGUGUUGUUACUAUCUUAAUUUUAUCUUUAGAUAACUAUUGUAAAUAAUAAAAGAUUAGAUGUAAUCACACUAUAA